AUGGCGACUUUUGCAGUCAGAAAUGCUGGUGGAGCACCUGCUGCAGCCCUUGCGGCGGCACAAGCUGCAGAAAUUGCAGCGAGGCUUGGUGCCAGAAUGGGUGAACCCGCAGAGAAGCUCAACAAGGGCGCGCUGCAAGGUUUCGAAUACCCCAGACGAUAUCCAGGCUACUUGCCUGCAGUGCCAUCAGAGCCGCUCUCGGGCAGUCUGUUGACUCCGCAAAGCACGAGUGUGGGGCAGACCACAGCAGCUGAGGUCAAUGCCCCCUUCGAGGUCACUGAGGACCCCGAUACGCCAGCACCACUGCCAAGGCUUGGCGGAUCUGCCGGUGAUCGUUCUGGUGGCAAUGCUGGUGUGGGGAGCUGGCAGGCGCGCCGUGGAAGCCCACCUCCCGUGAUGCCUUUGGAUGUAGGCACCGAGCCCGUUUCUUUGAGUGCUGGGGUGUCGCCACGCCCGCAGGCAAGGCUGGCCAUGCGGGAAAGGCAAGCGAUGCCCAGAGUGCCUCCUGUGAAUUUGGAGGCUAUGCGAAUCGGCAGCGAGAUGACCGGUACACCGCCAAGCCAGGGAGGGUCGGCCAAGCCGAGUUCCCGCGGCUGGAGCCAUGGCCCCGCAACCUUGGACGAGCCGCCCCUUGUGCUUGCGACAGGUGUUGAAGGCCGACAGUUCCAGGCAUCGCUCCCGAUGCCGCCUACAAGUGUCCCGACUUCGCGGCGUGGAAGAAGCAGGCCGUCGAGCCCUCAACCCAGUGAUUCCGGUCUGGAGGCUCUGCCACCAGUCCCCACGGCCAUGUGGUUCGCCUCCAAAGCUGAGGAGCUGGAGAGGCGGCGCAGCAGAAGCGUCGACCGACUGGAGGCACUUGGCUUUGCUUCGGUCUGGCCGCCGCCACCGCUGCCUCCCCUCUCUGAGGAGCUGCGACAGCGACUGGAGAGGCUGGAGGUGCCUGCAUCAAGCUUCAGACCGGAGAGGGAGCCGCUCUUCCGGGAGCCCUCGACGCCGCGCAUCCUCAUCGAGUCGGAUCGCCCCGCGAGGGCUGCGACCCCGCCGGCAACGGCCCCGGCCCUGAGCUCCGAUGUCGGCCUGAGCCUGAGCCUCGGCGAGUCUCGCCGGGACUUCCGGCCGGCCACGAGCGAGCGAGCGAGUCUCCGGCUGGUGGAGCAGACGAAGAUCGAUGAUCCAGACAAGUUUAAGAUUUGGGAUGUGGGAGGAAGGGCCAACACCCCCAUCUCCUUCUGGCGCGAGGAAAGGCAGUACGAAGCCGCUGCUGAACAAGCCUUCGGCACAUCAUCUACGCCUUGGUCGAAUCUCUCGCACAAGAAGGUCCGAGCCAUGCAGGAGAAGGGGCACAUGCGGGCCCUGCUGCUGGGCCCCUCACAGGCCUCCACACCUGGCCCGGAAACGCCGCGGGAUUUGAACGGUCUCUGGAUCUCCACAGAUGGGGAGCUGCGAGGGGAGGUAGAGGGAGACGUCUUGCGCUGGGACUGCGACGGCUCUCGUUCACGGCUGCGGCUGACUGGUGAGCGCCAGGAGAUCGUUUCUCUCGCCGUCGAUGGAUGCCGGCACUUUGGAGCGCUAAGCGAGGAUGGACGGCGCUUGCUGUGGGCCGACGGAGAUGUUUGGGUGCGACACGACCAGGAGGCGCAGGCUCUCGCGAAGGUUGUAAGGGACCAGUGCGGGGGAGGCCGUCAGAUGCUGGCCCGCCUGUCGGCUGGUCCAAAUGGAAGCUUCGAUGGCGGCCAAACUCCGAUGGUCCGGCCUGGCCUAGGCACAGCAAGCAUCGAAGAACGGGGGCUGCAAAGGUUUGAAGUCUUCAUGUCUUUGCAUGCUGAGAGCACGGCCGCCUUGCAUCCGCUUCCGUGCUCAGAAUGGCGGAUACAGUGGGCAGAGUCGCUUUGUGCAUGCGCCAGGGCAGACAGCCACGUUGUGCAGUCCGCCAGAGGGCGCGCGGCCAAGACCAGAAAGCUGGGGAGCUGUGCAUUGCGUCGCUUGCGAGGUGUUGCAUCCUUUCGCUGGAUGCAGAAGCUCUUCUCCCGGCUGCAGCCGCUUGAAGGCAACGUCUUCGGCUGCUGCCUUCUCGGCUCCUUGCCGGAGGUGAGCUCGCACCUAUGGCAGCACCAGGCCCUGUGGCUGCGCCUUCAGAUGCAGCCCAUAAGAGAGUCGGAAGACUCCGAGUACAUUUCUGUUCAGUUUUCCGAGCUCGUUGACCCCCUGGCGGACUCUUCAAGAUGGCGCUAUGCAUGUGCCUCAGCAUUCUGCAUGCAGAAGGAGGACUUCAACCACCACGUGGGGCGGGUCGUGACCUUGCCUGCUGCAAAUGGCCGAAUCGGGGUUUCCCUGCACGGCGCAGUCUGGGAAGAGCCGGAGAAGCCGGCAGCCUCCCAUCGCCCAAGGCGGAAGUACGACCCCUUCAGCUUGGACCCUCAGAAUCUCUGCCGAGUCAUGCCUCCGAGCACCGGGAGGAUGUGUGUUCUGGACAGCAUGGGCCCCACUGGUAUCAAGAGGCUUCUCGGCGAGAGCGGCUGGGGCCUGCCGGACAACGUGGUGGAGCUCGUUGUGUCCCAGCUGGAAAUCCGCAGUGUUCAGAGCGACGAGGUUCGGGUGACCAACUGCUCAUCCGGUAGGCAUGACUUUGACAUAUCCGUGGUCUUGAACGAGCACGAGGACGAAUGGUGGAUUUCCGAACCUGGAAGCUGCCCCGGAGGAGUUGGUCAAGAAUACCUUGACUUCUCCUUCGAUGCAGUCAGACGCAUCAGCUUCGUCUCAAUGAAGAUCCCACCUCUGCCACAUGGACCUUUGUCAGUGCGGGACUUCCACCUCCUCGCGGGCGGAAGCAGUGAGGAUCCCGAAAGCUGGGAACGUGCGUCGCCGGUGCCCCUGCAGACGCUGGAUCGAGCGGAUUUGCAGGAGUUCGCCCUCGUUCCGCCCGUGGAAGCCCAGACCAUACGCCUGGUCUGCACCCGCAACGCCGAUGCGGCCUCUGCUGAGAAGGAGGCCGAGAUCCCACGGCGGCGAUAUCUAGGUUCUACAGGUUGCAUCGGCCUCUUCCAAGUGUCCUUCGCAUAG